CGCGACCCCGCAGCACAGAACCAUCCUCGUCUUCGUCAAACUUUCUCCUCUUCCUCUGAGUCCCGAGCCCCGGAGCUCAGUCCCGGUUCUCCCGCAGCCGCUCCCCGGCCCCAGCGCGCCUCUGCCCGGCCUCAGAGCCUCAUGGAGCCGCGGCCUGGAGCGCGGAGCCCGGUGCAAACGUUCCGGACACAAGCGGAGCUCAUCCUCUCGGCCGCUGUGGAGGGCUCCGUGUCGGCCUGUGCGCGGGACUGUGCGGGUCCAGACACGGAGAGACAGUCUGAUCUGCAGACAGUUCUGGAGACUGUCCUGAGGGAGGCGCUGCGGAAACUCUGCUCUGUCGUACAACUUCUGUUUGAGGAGAAUCAGAGAAAACCUCAAAACAUCUCAAAAUCUGCAGAAAAAAAUGUGAGAUCAGAAAAUAAAGAGAAGAGACCCCCCAGUGUGAGGAAGAACAGCAAAAACAACUGCACAGAGCCCUUUGUUCCCUCAGACUCCGCGGCCGUCGGCCAAUCACCCGUCGCCAUUUCAGUCCUGAACGCCCCAGGACCAAUCACAGGGUCCGUCUACAUCAUCAGCCAGCCAAUCACAGACCAGAGCCACGUCCAGUUUGUGCCAAUCACAGACCAGGACACAGAGGACGUCCACGUUCAUCCAAUCACUGAGCAGGAGGGCCGAGACGCCGUGACAUCACUGCUGACGUCACUUCCUGUGGCUGGUGAUCUGAAGCAGGUGGAGAUCGUUGGAGGAGUGGUGUGUGACCUGACGGAGCCUCAGACGUUCCCAGAUUGGGAGGAGCAGCACGAGGAGGAGCAGCGCGAGGAGGAGCAGCGCGAGGAGGAGCAGCGCGAGGAGGAGCAGCGCGAGGAGGAGCAGCGCGAGGAGGAGCGUCGCCGCCGUAGGGAGCUCUACAAACACAAACGUUUCUUCUGCUCCGAGUGUCACAAAGGCUUCCACCAGAGACACCAGCUCCAGAAGCACAAGGCGAGCCACGCCAAGCCCCACCCCUGCCCCCAGUGCAAUAAAGGCUUCUACCAGGAGGGGACGCUCAAGAGACACCUGUACUACCACGAACUGAGGGCCAAGCAAGACCAGGACCCAGACCACAUGUUCCCCUGCGACCAGUGUGAUAAAAAGUUCGGGCUCCUGUCUCGUCUGCGCUCUCACCAGUCGUGUCAUCGAGCUGCGUCUGCGUCUGUCUCCUGUGAGGAGUGUGGCAGACAGUUCCCGUCUGCGUCUGCGCUGCGCUCUCACUCUCUCACUCACCUCAAAGUCCGACCCUUCAUCUGCGACGUCUGCGGCCGCGGCUUCACCAGGAGGAAGUGUCUGCGUGACCAUCAAACCACUCACACUGGAGCUCGGCCUUAUCCGUGUCAAACGUGUGGAAAACGCUUCUCCACCUCCUCCAACCUGCGCAUCCACCUGCUGUCCCACUCCGACGCCCGCCCCUUUAAUUGCCCCCUCUGCCCCAAAGCCUUUAAGACCAAGAUGGGCCUGGUCCAGCACCGCGUGGUCCACUCCAAGGAGAAACCUUUCAGCUGUCCCAUCUGUGAGAGGACGUUUGGGCUCAAGUACAACUACCAGAGACACAUGAAGAUGCACAGUGGAGACAAGCCCUUCAGGUGUGAGACGUGUGGUCAGGGCUUCUCUGGGACCUGGGCUCUGAAGACUCACAGUCAGGUCCAUGGAGAGGUCAAGCGCUUCAUGUGUGACCGCUGUGGAAAAACAUUCUUCUACAACUGUCAGCUCCAGAAGCACCAGGCCCUGGUGCAUGAGCAGAGUGAGCAGCCCGCCUCAGGCCCAAAGCGGCGGCGUGGAUCUGGAGUCAAACCGUUUAGCUGUAAAACCUGUUUAAAGACGUUUACCUCCAGCAGCACCCUUCACACCCACGAAAAGAGCCACAGAGACCACAAAGACUUCACCUGUGAAAUCUGCAGCAAGGCCUUCCACCUGAAACACCUGUACCUGUACCACCUGAGGACGCACACGGGGGAGCGGCCGCACGCCUGCCGCUACUGCCACAAAGGCUUCAUUUACGCGUCGCAGCUGCGGCAGCACGAGCUCCUUCACACGGGUGUCAAACCUCAUCAGUGUGAACAGUGCGGCAAAGAGUUCAGAACUCCACAGAACUAUCAGCGCCACCUGCUGGUCCACAGCGGAGAGAAGCCGUACGAGUGCGGCGUGUGCGGCCGCCGCUUCAGGCAGUCCAACCAGCUCAAGUCUCACAUGCAAAUACACACCGGGGUCAAACUGUACGUGUGCGAACACUGUGGACAAGGAUACUCCGACUCCAGACAGCUCCGCAAACACUCCUGCACCUGAGGAGAGGAGGAGGAGAGAGGAGGAGGAGAGA